CCCAUCGAAAGGAAAAGAAAGAAAAAAAAAAUGGCGUAAAAGAAGAGACAGACCAAAGGACAAAGAACGAGACAGAGGUGGUUCGGAAGGGAAAAAGGAUCAACGAUGGGUCAGAGUAAGAUCACGAGGAAGAAGAAAGGCAGACCAUCGAAGUCCGAUCUCGGCCGCCGAGGAGGAUUCCGACGGAGUUCUCCUGAUAGACCAUCGGAAAAUGAGUUGCGUCGCAGUCUCCGGCGUCGGAAUCCCACUUAUCACGACGAUUUCUACGAGGACGAUGAAGAGGAAGACGACGACGAUGAGAGAAAAGAGAAGAAGUUGAAGUUGGUCCUGAAGCUACCACAUAAAGCCGGUUUUGGUGGUGGUGGUGGUAGUGGUGGUGUUGACUCCUCACCCACCCUGACUCGGACAGAAGAAAACGUGGCCCACGCGUCUGCUUCGUCCUCCGAUAACGGAGACGGUAAUAAGCCCUUCAAGAAGCGGAAGAUCGACGGUGAAGGUGAUGAUGGCUGUUACGAUGAAGGCGAAGGUGAUGAUGCCGAUUGUGAUGAAGAAGAUGAUGCUCACUCCAUUGGAUCUGAUCAUCGGAAGAAGGAAGGAAGGCGAUAUUCGGAUACCAAAGGAAUGGGCUCUGUUCUGGGUUCUCUAUCUGGUUCUUCAUCUGGGCUUCCGUUACCGUUACCAGACAAGAAAUCAUUGGAGCUAAUUCUAGAUAAGCUUCAAAGGAAAGACACAUAUGGUGUUUAUGCAGAGCCUGUUGAUCCCGAAGAGCUUCCUGACUAUCACGACGUGGUUAAGCAACCAAUGGACUUUAGCACUGUAAGGAAGAAGCUGGCUAAUGGAGAUUACUCUACCUUGGAACAAUUUGAGAGUGAUGUUUUCCUCAUUUGCACAAAUGCAAUGCAAUAUAAUGCUCCAGAAACCAUAUAUUUCAAACAGGCACGCUCCAUACAAGAGCUAGCAAGAAAGAAAUUCCAGAGAUUAAGGAUUGAUAUUGCACGCACUGAGAAAGAGCUUAAAUCAGAGCAGAAAACCAAAUCCAAUUCUGCCAUGAAGAAACCAAUGAAAAAGCCCUAUUGCAGGACUGUGCAGGAGCCUGUCGGCUCUGAUUUCUCCUCAGGUGCCACUCUUGCUACAAUGGGAGAUAUCUGUACCUGGUCAAAUGUGACACAAGCUGGUGGUUGUGAGAAGCCUAACAAUACUGAUGGACCUGUAGAUGGAAAUUCUUCCCUGAAUGAUAAUAAGCCAGAAAAGACAGAGGAACAACAGUCAGGGAAGGGGCUCCCAUCUAAAUUUGGAAGGAAGUUGUUUGUGAUUGAUGAAAACCGUCGCACAACUUAUAAUUUAUCCAAUCAUCCUGUGGUUAAAAUGGAUUCAAUCUUUACAACUUUUGAAGGCGAAAGCAAGCAGCUGGUUGAUGUCGGUCUUCAUGCAGAUCAUUCCUAUGCAAGGAGCCUGGCUCGUUUUGCUGCAACUCUUGGACCUGUUGCCUGGAAAGUUGCCUCCCGGAAAAUUGAGCAGUCCCUGCCUGUGGAGGUGAAAUUUGGCCAUGGCUGGGUUGGGGCAUAUGAACCACUUCCAACCCCGGUAUUAAUGGUUGGCAGAAAUACUCGGAAACAACUGGGCUAUGGUACAAAUUUGAACUGUACUGCUGCUUUAAGAAAGGAGGAGAAGAAUGCAGAGGGGUUGACGGCCAUGCAAGAUACUAACCUGGGCUUCAGAACUCAGAAUUCAUCAGAGAUGGCAGCUCCUAGUAAGACUGAGGAACCUGCAAAGGUGAGUCCUGUUAGUGGGCCUACUUUGGAUGGGAAAUUGUUCGGUGUUACUGGGACCAAACUACUCACUGGUGCUGCAUGUCAGCAGCAGAAAUCAAUAAGCAUACCAAAGUCGGAUAUUAAUGUCUUCAAGAAAGCUGAGUUGAAUAGCUCUUCUGUCAGUGGGAACCCCAGUGAGAUAGCCCCACGAAAGCAAUUUGAUUAUAGUUCCGAAAUGACUACUUCAAGGUUGAUGGAUAUGGUUUCCCGGAACAGAAAUCUUGUGCAAUCUGUACCCCUCAAGCAAAACGAAACCAAUGGAAUUGCUGCUGGAGGAUUGCCUAGUGGUAAAGCUGUGAGUGGUUGUUUGGAUGGUAAAAAAGUAAACAGUUCAUCCCCGGACUUUGUUCCUAACCAACACACCAGGGAAGUAACAUACUUUCCCCACGGAAAUCAGGAGCAGGGUUUUAGUGACCCAGUUUUGUUGAUGAGAAUGUUGGCCGAGAAGACACAAAACCAGCAGAAAUCUUCGAAUCACACUUCAGCUAGUGCUCAACAGGCUAUGCAGUUCAAUCCAUCCUUAAGAAGAGAUGAUUCAAAUACUGCUGCCGUCACUGCUGCCCACUCUUGGAUGUCCAUUGGAACUGCAGAGUUUAAAUCAACAGACAAUAUAAGCCCUUCCAAAAUGCAGAUUGCCGCAGCUUCUCUGUACAACCCAGCUAGAGAACACCCACCUGUGUCACGAUUUUGUGAGGAAUCUCAUGGUUCUGGGGGGCUGCAGUUGCAGCAAGAGAAAAAUAAAUUCUCCCCUCGGGCUUUCCUUCCACAACCUGUCCGUUUUGGGGAUGAUCCACGGUCUCAAAGCAACAGACCGGUCGUUCUCCCUCAACUUUUAACAACCGACUUGUCAAGGUUUCAGAUGCAGCCCCGAUGGCAUGGUCUUGUGCCACAUAAUCAACCAAAGCAGAAACAGGAUACACUGCCUCCGGACUUGAACAUUGGGUUCCAGUCAUCAGGGUCUCCAGGGCGUCAAUCUUCUGGCAUUCUGGUCGACUCUCAACAACCAGACCUGGCAUUGCAGCUCUGAAUUUGGGUAGUGUUUCAUAGAAAAAGAGGGAACGAGAAGCAAGUUUAAGAGUUACUGGCUUUUGUUGUAAGGAGAGGAUUCAUUAUUUUCUUCAAACAGGAGUUCAGUUUCUCUUACAUUAGGAAAGUCUCCUCCAACACCUCCAGCGUUGCAUCAUAUGUCAAGUUAUUGACAACUGUAUCUAUUGUAAAUCCACCUUUCUGGACUGAUGCCGAGGAUGAGAGGAGAAAUUCACUGAGUCUUGGAUACAAGACCUCAGCAUUUAUCUGAUUCACCGAGUUACCCAUGGAAAAGAAUAACAAGACAAGUUGAAGGCUACGACAUUCUUCAGUGGGAUAUUUGGGAUUUUGCUGAAAGAUAUAACCAAGUCAGUUGAAUUAGUUGCUUUCUUGGUCUUGCUAUUCUGGCCAAGGAUAUUGACAUGAAUUGGGGAAGAUAUAUCAUUUGCUGCACAUGAACAUGCAACUUAGGUAGCUCAUAUAAAGUAGGUGGUAUAAUUGGGAAAUCCAUUGGAUUAUGUUUUUUUUACAUUAUCAUGAGAUGGGUAUCAAUUGUUCAGAUUUUUUGGUUGUCUUCAUUAUCUCUGGCCUGCUGAUGAUUCUUGGUUCUGACGUUGGACUAAAAGAAGGAAUUUCAUCUACUACAGUGUUUUGUUAUGUGCUCUCUCCAUGGAAAUGUGGUAUUGCAUAUCAUUCAACUGAUGCAUUUCAAAUUUGAAGUCAGCUGUGAUCUUGGAACCAGAAUUGUAGUUGAGAACUGUUGUAGCCUUAUAGGUUAGAAUUGACUUGCUGGUCUUUUGCAGCUGAAUGUGCAUCUUGUGAAUGAAGAUUUAUUUCAGGGACAUCUAGAGGAGACUGGCUGGGUUAUUUGUAUUUUUGGUGGACAUGCAAAUAUGUAAGUUUCUCUUUAUUCCAUACACGACCCUGUAUCUCCACCUACCAGGGGCUGGACUAGCAAAAAACAGUGGAAGGGUUUAGUACGUGUUGGAAACACUAAAUUAGGUUCAGGUCCAUGUUGCAUCUAGUGGCAAUUUGGAUGAUAGGAAGUAUCUUUGGAAACUGAGAUUUGAGUUGAUGUUAACUUCGCAUGUAUGUGAUAUGUCUAGCAUAAUUUGUCAGACAAGUGGGAAUUUAGCAAACUACACAAUAAAAUCAAGGGAUUUUACAUUGGUUUCA